CGGGAGGCGGCGUAUGUGCCGCAGAGCCGGCAGGAGGGUGCCGAGAUAAUGCACAGGGAAGCGGGUGAAGUGAAGACCCUGUUGAUGGAAUCGUGAAGCUUUCAAUGUACACUCUCUAACUAUAAUUACAUCACGAUGAUAGAUCAGACAUGAAAAGCAGAGAGGACAGCCUGCAGGAGCCCGAAAAGGAGAACAGGAGGCAGCCGAGGCCGCCCCGCCACCGACAGCCAUGCCGCUUCUACUCCCAAGGAAAGAACUGCCAGUUUGGGGAAAACUGUUACUUCCUCCACCAGAGAGAAGAGGCCAAGCUGGCACUGAAGGGCGUGCAUAACAUGCCGGGGGGGGCACAGGAGGCAGCUGACAGCUGUGCGGAGCCCGGUCUUGAAGGGGCUGAAAGCUGCUCCCAGGCCCGGUGCCUGCCUCAACCUGGGACCGCUCCGCACAGGCGAUACCACGGCACUCGGCCAUGCCGCUACUUCCUGUCCGGCCACUGCGCCCUGGAAGACCGAUGCCGCUUCUGGCACCCUGAUGAUUUGCCUCCCGUGGCCGAGCCCAACACCAGGCCCAGGGAGCCUGUCGAGCCCCCCAGUGUCAUUCAGGACGUGCGACUGAGCGAGCUCACGGAAGAAGUGGCAAGGCGACUCCGGGACACAGAGAUCAGCCAGCUGACCAAGCGCUUUCCUAGGGACCAGCUGAUCGUUCAGGAGCGGGAGGAUGGGCAGCUGACUAUCUACAGGGUCAUCGUGCAUCCCACUGACCCCGACUGGCCCUUUGACUUGAAAGAAAUCCACGUUAUGGUCAGCUUCCCUGAGUGCUAUCCCCAGGAGGUUUUUAAUGUGCUCAUUCCAGAAGACCAGGAUUUGCCAUCCAUCAUGGGGAGGCACGUGUGCAAGGCCUCUCAGGAGUGGCUGCAGGCCAGGCACGCUACCAAUGAGCUGAUGGGGAAGUUGGAGCUGCUGUUCCGGCCGUUCCUACGCUGGCUAGACCGUAAUUUGGAGAGGCUUUUCACCGAGGGCGCCCGGCAGCUGAAAAAAGACGUAGAUGCUGAGCGAUCUGGAUUCCAGUUCAUCUCCUACCAGCAGCUCCAAGCAUCGGUCUGCAAGGACCAGCACUCAGAGUCUGCAGCGGGCGGCUCUGAUGAAGAGGAGGAGGAUGAGGAGGAGGAGGAGGAGGAGGACAGUGAUACGGGGGAGGCGGGAAUGUCAGCCCUGAUGCAGGAGGAGGAGGCUAGCGGGCACGCUGUGGAGAACGUGAGGAGCGCAGAGCCGCGGAGAGGCACAGAGGUGAAGCUGCUAGGCCUGCAGCUGGGUGAGGGCACAGCCACGGUGAGGGCAGUGCGGCUCACACUGUCACUGCAGUGCAGCAGGUGCAAAGUGACGGCGGAUCUGGCCAUCAGCGAGGGGCUGCCCUGCUCCGCCCACUGCGACAGGUGCAACGUUGGAAUUGGCGCGGCAUUCCGGCCCAGCGUGCUGCACCGCUACUGCGACGUCCUGGGCUACCUGGACCUCAGCAACUCAGUCGCCGUUGACCUGGUGUUACAGGAGUGUGAGCUGAUGGUGGGCUGCCUCGAAUGCUCCCAGGAGGGCCCCCUGCAGAGUUUGUCGUUUGGACAAAACAUGGAAGUAAAUUGUCUGCACUGCCACAGUCGGCUCAGCAUACUGGUUGAGGGGACGCGGUUCCAGUACAUCCAGCCACGCACUCGAAAUCAAACUGGUCAGGAAGAGAGAAAGCAAGCAGGUCGGUACCCCAGAGACCCGGCGGUUCAGCACGGGAAGCCCCUGCCCGCAAAGGGCACCUGCAAACACUUCAAACAGAGCCAGCGGUGGCUGAGGUUCCCAUGCUGCGGUCGCGCUUACCCAUGUGACCUGUGCCAUGAUGAGGAUCAAGACCACCCUAUGGAACGAGCCACCAGGAUGCUGUGUGGCCACUGUGCCAAGGAGCAGCCGUACAGCAACGAAAAGCCCUGCAUCAGCUGUGGGAGCGCGAUGACCAGAGGGAACUACACCAGCCACUGGGAAGGAGGCCUGGGCUGCAGGAACAAAGUGAAGAUGAGCAGAAAUGAUCGUCAGAAAUUCAGCAGUGCAAACAAGACGGUGUCUCGGAAGGCAAAGAACGAGAAGAACUAAAAAGCAAAUGAUGGAUUUCAAAUUAAAAGCUCAAAUAAGAAAAAAAUCUUCUUAAAAGUUUUAAUUAAAAGUUCAAAUGAAAUUAGAUUGGGGGCUCAUGAACUGCCCUUUGAAAUUUAAACAACCUCAGCUUGGCUCACUGAAAACAUACAGGUGUUUUGAUGCCUCAAAUCACAAACAGAAUGAUGUAUAGGCGUUAAAUGCCAACUGUGGGGUCCUUUUAAGCGCCGUGGGUGGCGGCCAACUCCUCAGAGAUUACGGUAAUUCACACUUUGCUGUGUAUCCACCAGCUUGAUUUUUACAAAUGGAAUUGCUACUGAAAAUAUUUAUCCCUCUUGCACAACAGUUUUACAAUCAGAAUCAGAAUUCGAACAGGUUUAAAAAUAGUGACGUGAAACAGUGCAGAGGGGUGGGGCAGAGAGCCUGACUGGCUGCUGUUUCCUUUUGCAUAGUUUGCAGUAUUUACAGCUAGAAGUGGCUUUGAAAUUUCUUUGGGUGCCUAUAGUUAAAUCAGCACUUAUCAGCCUUCUUAUAUGUACUGAAUGUGGAUGUAAAACUAUAUAUUCUUUAUUGUUAUAAAUCAUUUAUAAAGAUCUUGGUAUCUCCAAAUAGGUUUAUGUAGUGGACUGAGAAAAUAUCUUCUGACUCUUAUGUAGCAUUGAGUCUUUUGAAAGAUUUCUAUUUCAUUAGGGAGAUGCAGUUUUCUGUGGAUCUUAGUUUUCUCCUGACUGAAACUUUCUGUAUCAAAUUACUGAUAUAAAUCUCUUAAUUGUGUCAUGCUA